AUGUCCAACGCCUAUACAGUCACCGUUUCAGAGCUUUUGAUGUUCAAGAAUAUAGACCCAAUUGUAUUGCCCGGACAAUACAACAGUCAUAUGCACAGCAUCUUUGGAUCAGAUGCAAUCACAGUCAACACAACCAAGUCAUCCGAGCUCCAAAAAGGCUGCUCAACAACUGUGAACCCGAAUGACUUUUCAGCAUACUGGGUUCCAACAUUAUACCUCGUACAAGAUGAAGACAACACCCACAUCCCAAUCACACCAAUGCGCUUCAGCGCAUACUACGAGGGGCUAGAAUCAGCCGAAAUAGCCAUCCCCCAAGACUACAAAGACGUAGCAGGCAAUGCAACAGCAACAUCCCAAGAGCAUGUCGAGAAAAACGCCGGAAUCAGCUGGUUCUGCGAAGGCGACGAUACAGACGAGGACAAGGAUGCCGCUGCCUUCCCGACGAAAACAUGCUCAACCCACCUGCAGACACUCCUCCUCUUCCAUGACUGCGUCAACCCGGAUACCCUGGAAUCUGCAUACUCAGGAAACCCACGGGUAAACAGUGGAUACGGAGAAAAUUGGUGUCCAGCUGGUAUGUCGCGUAUGCCUCAGCUGCGCUUCUCUAUCCGAUAUGAUUUACGCAGUUUGCUUCCUAAUGGCUGGUCUGGGCCUCCUCCUUUAGCACUUGCUUGUGGGACUUCUUAUUGCUCGCAUGGUGAUUUCAUCAAUGGGUGGUUGCCUGAGGCUGCGGAGAAUAUGUUGCUGUCGCCUUCUAAGCGGGAGUAUUUCGCUGUGGAUGGGCCGCUGGGUGGUGCGAGUGAUGGGUCUGUUUGUGGUGCUAAGAAUGCACGAGAUAGGGAUCCCACGCAUGGCACGAGCGAUUAUGUUGAGAGUUUGAAGAUGAUGAGCAGUGGGAGCAUGAAGAAGACCAGGAGACAUAUGAGACAUCGCCGGGCUUAG